GUGUGGUCAGUGCGAAGGAGGCGUGGCCUGUGCUGGUAACGCCCCACCCACCUUCCGGGUCGGGACGGGCGGAGCGGAGCCGAACCGGGAGGGGCUGGGCCCACCGGGAGCAGUCGGAAAAAGCGAAGCAGAACGGGCCGAACCGGACCGGGCCGGGAGCAGCCGAGGGCGCUCGGGCCGAGCCGAGCGGAGGCGGGAGCAGCCGAGGGCGCUCGGGCCGAGCCGAGCGGAGCCGGGAGCAGGCGAACCCGUUCGGACCGAGCGGAGGCGGGAGCAGCCGAAGGCGCUCGGGCCGAGUCGAGCGGAGCCGGGAGCAGCCGAGGGCGCUCGGGCCGAGCCGAGCGGAGGCGGGAGCAGCCGAGGGCGCUCGCUCGGGCCGAGCGGGCCAUGGGGCAGAUCGAGUGGGCCAUGUGGGCGAACGAGCAGGCGCUGGCCGCCGGGCUCAUCCUGCUGACGGGCGGCAUCGUGGCCGUGGCGGGGCAGUUCAAGGGCUGGUACUUCGCCGCGUACUCCAUCGCGGCAGGAGUCCUGGUGUGCCUGCUCGAGUAUCCCAGGAGCAAACGCAAAAAGGGCUCCACCAUGGAGAGGUGUGGCCAGAAGUACCUGACAGCCGUGGUGAAGCUCCUGGGGCCCCUCACCAGGAAUUAUUACAUCCGAGCCGUCCUCCAUGCUGCCCUGGCUGUCCCUGCUGGAUUCCUCCUCUCCACCAUCCUGGGCACCGUCUGCCUGGGCAUCGCCAGUGGCAUCUACCUGCUGGCUGCAGUUCGAGGGGAGGAGUGGAGACCCAUCGAGCAGAAGCCCCGGGAGAGGCCACAAGUGGGGGGCACCAUCAAGCAGCCCCCCAGCAACCCCCCGCCCCGGCCCCCUCCCGACGCCCGCAGGAAGCAGCCGGAGCUGGGGGGGCAGGUGAACCCCAUCCCCGUGGAGGUGGAAUAAUGGGGGGUCCUCCUGCCCUGCCCUGCCCUGCUCCUGCUUCCCAGCUGCUCCUGGCUCUGCUGCAGCCGUCGGGCUCCUGGGGCUCCCCAAAACCCCGGGGGUGCUGAGCUGCUUGUUGUGGGUCCCCAGCUCCUGGUGAUGCUCAGAUCCUUGGGAUCAUCAGCUCCCCUGGGCUUCCCAAGGGAUCCCCAAAUCCCCAGUGAUGCUCUGGGGUCCCCAGGUCUCCUGGGGAUCCCCAAAUCUCCUGGGGAUCCCCAAAUCCCCUAUGAUGCUCAGCUCCUUGUAGGCUCUCCAUCUCCCUGUAGGAUCUCCUGGGGAUCCCCAAAUCCCCUAAGAUGCUCAGCUCCUUGUAGGCUCUCCAUCUCCCUGUAGGAUCUCCUGGGGAUCCCCAAAUCCCCUAAGAUGCUCAGCUCCCAAAUUCCCAGUGAUGUGAUGCUCCCUGUGGGGUUUCCAGCCCUCAGGGACUUCCCAACUUCUGGACAGUCCCAAAUCCCUGGGGCUGCUCAACUUCCUGUGGGGUCUCCAGCUCCCAGGAGCUCCCCAGCUCCUGGUCCUCCCCAAAUCCCCAAGAAUGUUCAGCUUCUUGUGGGAUCUGCAGCCCCCAAGGGCUUCCCAGCUCCCAAGGAUCCCCCAAAUCCUUGGGGAUUCUCAGCUCCCUGUGAGUCUCCUGCUUCCAGGGGCUCCUCAGCUCCUGGGAAAUCCCAAAUCCCUGGGCAUGCUCAGCUCCCUGAGGGUCCCAGCUCUCGAAGCACCCCCCAGUUCCCUGGGGGAUCCCCAAAUCCCUGUGGGACUCCAUCUCUCAGGGAAUCCCCAGCUCCCGGGGGGAUCAGGCAGCUCUGCUCCUGCUCUCCCUGGUCUUUGUCAUUUCUGCAGUUGCUGUUGCAAUAAAAAGUGGGAAAGGCA